CGCUCUUCCUCUCGCGUGCGCUCUUUUACGCUCUCUCACGCUCUCUCACGCUCUCUCACGCUCUCUCACACGCUAUCUUCCCCCUUCAUUAUUAUAGGAAGAAACCGCUGCUACAGCUCACAAUGGCCCCUGCAUCUGAAGACACGCUGGUCAAGCAUUCCACGGAGGCGGCAACUGAAUUUGUGAAUUCUUUUUAUCCUGCACUCCAGUCCAACCGCGCCACCAUUUCCUCAUUCUACAGCCAACAGGCUUCGACUAUCCUUUUCAACGGAAACGUUGUCGCCGAUGGCGCCGCCGUCCAGGAGAUUUUCGUCAACCAGAUGACUCCCACUCACUACGAAGUGCAGUCAUUCGACUGCCAGAUCAUCAAUCGCACAUAUCCCACACCUACCGCUACGGGCUUCAAGCUCCCCACAGAGACCACCGUCAAGGAUAUGUCCAUCCUCGUGAUCGUCAGCGGCUUUGUCCGCUUCGGCGAAUCCAGAGAUCUACCACAGCGCGGAUUCAGUGAGACCUUCGUCCUGGUCCCGAACCCCACUGCCGAUGGACCGAAGGGAAAGCGCAGGCGUGAAUGGCUCAUUCAGACUCAGAACUUCCGGCUGGUGGUUUAGGAGAGGAUAUCAAUGGAGGCAUGAUCGCGCGAGGCGGACGCGUCAUCCAAUAACAAUUCACAUAAUGCGCUAUGAAUCAACGAAAGACAUUCAACGACAUUUGUUUCAGCUUGAGAUACACCGCAGGAAAAGAAAAACAUUCAACCUACAAACGCUAUGACAUGCCGAUAAAAGAAAACACUAUUCCGGAGCUCGUCCAUAUACCAUGCCCGACUCGGAAAUCAAGCUUGGCUUCUGCGCGGCACGCGCAGAUUGGCUUUUAUGCGCUCAAGCAGCUCUUCACGCGUUGCGCUCUCAUGAGGCAGAAGUCCUCUCUAUCUGGUUGUUAGGGAGCUGCCUAUUCAUCUGCGCAAGGUUCGAAGGAACUUCCACGGGGUCAGACCUACCGCCCGAAGCCAUCUUCGCAUUUCAUCAUGAGACCAGGUUUCGGGGUCU